AUGCACGACGUGAGAGGUGAAGGUCAAGCUUGGGACGAGGGAGAAACGGCCAACAUCACAGCGACGGCGAAGAGCCGAGAAGCGGAAGAGGACUCCUGUGCAGACGAAAAGAUGGUGGUGUCCAAGGGAAAACCCGUUGCACUCAAGAAACGCUCGACAGCCCGCUGUCUUCAUCCAUCACGACGGCCAGCGGAUAUCCAGAUGCUCUCUACCUCUACCUCGACCAGAUCGACAUUAAAAGCUGACGAAGAAACGUUGACUACGGAGUUCGAUGCCUCUCAGGCCCCUCAACCGUUUCUUGACCCGGAUCUGCGAGAUCGUAUGCUGAAGCUACGGGGAUCCAAGCUCAGUCCUGCAACACACUCUAAAGGACAGAAUAACGAGUGA